UAAGACUAAAAUAACUUGGACUUAGAUCCUGCAUCAUUAAAUGACAGAUGUGCAUUAUGAAAUAUUAACAAGCCUGACCCCCACGCCGAGCUAACCCCACCGCCUCUACUCCACAAGGUUAUCUUACAGUUUUUUUUUUUACCUGCGGAUUGGCCUAUUUUUUUCUUCUUCUUCAGAUAAUCGAUCAGACCAACUGGCUACUGGCAGUAAUGAUUAAGUCCCCUGUCUAUUGUUUUUUUUUGUGUGUCUUGUGGCGGUGUGUUUAAUACUUAGAUUCUAGGUCUAGCUGGGACCUUGUUUAGGAUUUAAUGUCUACUUUUUCAAAUACUAAACCUAGAAGAUGCUGACAUCAAGUCCACAGACCUUCACGAGUGUAUGCUAGCCAAGAGAUCAAUACAGAGAUGGGAAAUCGAUAGCCGAUAGAGAAUACACAGAAAUCAAUCAGACUUCCAUAAGUUCAUGAUUGCGCUGGAUUAAAAAAAAAAGUCCAGCCGUACGUCGAAGAUGGUUGAAAGAUUUAUUAAUGCAGCCAAAGAUGGCUACGUCGACCUGCUAAGGGAAGCCACUCGGAAAGAUUUGAACACAGCAGACGAGGAUGGUAUGACGGCGACAUUAUGGGCUGCCGCCAAUGGAAAUUUGGAAGCCUUGAGACUGAUCGUUGGGAGAGAGGGCGAUGUCGAUAAAUCUGAUUACAUGGGCUACACCGCCUUGCAUCACGCCGUCAGCCGUGGCCACAUGGGCGUGGUCAGUUAUUUGGUCAACUGGGGGUGCAAUAUCUAUGCUCUUGACAAUGACCUGCACUCGGCGCUGGACAUCGCUUCAAUGCACAACAGACAAGAGAUAGUUAGAUUUCUAGACAUUGAACUUGCUCGGAGACAGAGUAAAAACCCAAGACAGGUGGCCAAGCUGAAAGAGGAAGCAAUGCGAACAGCUGAAAGCAACAUAAAAAAGUAUGAGAAGAGGCAGGAAGACGCCGCAAAAAGAGCCGAAAAGGAACAAAAGAAGCUUCAGAAGGAGAUUGAAGAAGGGGUCCACAGAGACAACCGACCCAGGAAAUCCAUUUUUGAAAGCCUUACAAUGCGAAUGAAAAAGAAUCCGGUUAACAACGUGCAUAAAAAUACCGGGACUCAACGAAAAUAUUCCGAGUUUUCCGGGACAUCCAGCCAGGGCAACAACCUCUUCGCCAGAAAGCUGCAUAACAAAAGGCUGGAGUCCAUGGGUAGCUACGCCGCAGACGUGGACACGAGGGGAAGGGCGAGAAAGCAGAGCCAAGGCAUUGUGGGAUUGACAUCUGAUGUGAUAUACGUCACUUCCAGUCAGAACACGGGAGGAGGGGAGAUAGUCAAUGGAAGAGCAAAUAGAAGACCAACACUAGACACAGAUAUGUUUACGAAUACCAAGAUAUCUAGAGCCAAGAGUGAAUCUGAUUUACUGGACGAGUUUGGAGAAGACAGCGGCCUUGGGGAAGAAGAAUACGGGCCUUUUAAUUUAGGCAAAAGAACAUUCCUGACCAAAAUGCCUUUCCUUCACCCAAUCCACUCGUUCGACGACUCCAUGGCAGGCGGCGCGCCAGACGACAUGGACGACAUUGUCCAAGGUCAAGUCCUCGGUCAAGGCUUUCUCGACGAGCGGAACGAGCUGACCUCCAAGCACCUGCCUUGGGACCAGGAUGACCUCGACAACCUGGACGACGACGACGACAAAGAAGAUGAAGACGAAAUGUCCACGGUCAACAUGUUCCUGUGGUCAUGUGGCGCGGCCAACUGGCUCAACAUCUUCGCCCAGGAGAAGAUCGACAUGGCGCUCCUGACCAAAAUGACCGACGAAGAAUUAAAAGACCUCGGCAUCCCGUUCGGGCCGAGGAAAAAACUCAGAGAGGCCAUCAACAGGCGGAACUUAACGCUGCAGUCGCCAUCUCGCAUGGUGGAUACAAACUUGUGAUUCACGUCUGCUAGUUUUCUUUUAAUGCCAACUACAGCCAGAGAAAGCCCAAGAACUCUGCCUUGUCGUACACGUGGGAAACUCUGUCGUCUAAGAGAUUUGGACGUAAUUUGUUUUGAACCUGUAGCAAACGACAAUAAGUAUUUCUGACAUUUACUGCUUUGAUUUCAUCACCAACUCGAGCCUUUAUUUGAGAUUUUCACGAUAAACUAACCAAUGUCAAGGACGCUCCAUUGAACUUAGAAAUAGACAACUAAAUAAAAGAUGCAAUUACAAGAGCUUAAAAAUUUGAUUCUCCAUUUCCAAAAUGUGUAGACAUAUAACAAUGUAACUUAAAAAAAAAACAUAGCUAACACUUCUGUAUUUUGUAUACCGGAUGACCUAAAAAAGCUUGCUAUUUUUAGAUUUUCUGGCAUGUUUGGUAAUCUCCAAUAAGAUAUUUGUCUUUUUAUAGAACUGUAGGCGACUAGUUUUCAAAGUGCUGAUUUCAUUAGUUAAAAGUGACAACCCUUUGAAUGAGCGAUGAUUGUAUCAAUCUUUUUCUUAAGAAGUUGGUUUUACUUUUUAAAUUUAUUUCCACUCCGUCUCUCCACCUUUCUCUCUAGUUCUCUUCCACUCUUUCUGUUUUUUAAAGCUGUCUUACUCUUUUUGAAAACUUUUUGGAAACAGCAAAGAGAGAAAACAAAACACAGCAUUCGUUUAAUGUCACGUGACUGUAGUGAUAUAAUUUUUUUAAAGCCACAAAAUUAAAUGUAACAAAUAAAACAUCCAGUGGCUUCAGAGAACUUUGUUUUUAAUACACACGAUUUUAACAAUGACUUGAAAUAUCCAACAGUUCUUGUAAUGAUCAUCAUAGGAUUAGAACGCCUAGUCCUAUAUUGAUUUUAUUUUUUUUAUUAUUAUUUAACUCGAAGUUAUUAGUGCUACAGAGGUCAGAGGUUAGGGAUAGAAGAGCAAUAGCAAAUCUCUUGUAGUUGUAGCAGUGCUUGAAUACUAGGAGGGAGGGGUAUGUACGGGUGUUCCUAACAUAAUUCUAAUAGCUCUGAUGCUUUUGUUUUUUAAUUGAAAAUUUCAUUGUAACAAUCAAAUUAUUGAGACUUUCAAUAGCAGUGUUUUUUAAGUUAGAAUCUAGAACGUCAACUAAAAAUAGUCUACAGAAACACUUCUAGCAUAGUAGUCAUUAACUAAGAAACAUACUUGUUACUGUUGACUUUUUAAAAACUAAAUCCACCUACCAUUAUAACCCUUGGGAAACCCAUGAUAGACAAGUGGAAGAGAGAGAGAGAGAGAGGUUGUCCGAUAGGAGACGUGACUUCAGGUAUUCAAACAGCUCAGAUCUGCUGUUAGUGGUCGUUCGAGUUUUGUGGUAGUAAUUACUUUUAAGUCUACAUGGGUUUACAAAAAAAAAAAUAAUCUCUUUUUAACUAGGUUUCAGAAACCUCAUUAGCAAGCUCAAAGAUUAUCUAACGUCAUGGCGUAACGCAGCCUUCGCAACAUCAUACAACACACGUCAUAUUGAAAAUAAAUAAAACACUGACAUAUAAACCAUUGAACACACACUGAUAAGACUAGUGUAAAGGUUAAACUUUUUGUUGACGUUGUCUUUCGACUUAGUCGUAAUAUUUAUUUCUUUAUGUUAAUUUCAAAGGUCAAAUCUGUGUAAUAAAAAAAAAUAGCUUCUAAUGGUGGAACAUUGCAUUAAAUAUCCAAGGGUUAGGUCCUUUGCACUGAACCGUACGACAAGAGUUGUGAAGAAAUGAUUGGAAGCUUUUCCAUUACUCCAUGACGGUCAAAUGGCCGUUCGUCGCUUUUAAACAGCUUUGUCUUGCUAUUUAAAUCCAUGGCCACUGUACGCCAAGUUGUACGUAUCUAAAUGGGUGUAUACACAUUAAGUAGAUUGUCAGUCACAUGAGUUGAGUCAAUAAUAAAGCAAUAACUGAAAGCAAAAUUUUUUUAAAAGCCUUUAAAACAAAAAAAGGGCUAAUUUUAAGGGAAGAACUCAGCACUUGCAAUUAAAGAACUCAAUAAUGUAGACGUUAUUUUCCUUUUUCGACAUCAAACAAAAUAAUUAAUUACAAUUAAAUAAUUGAUGAAAUGGUUUAUUUUUGAAUUGAUUAAUACUUCGUUGGGUACAAUAAAUAAUUGUUAGAAGUUUCAGCUUGGUCUGAGAAUGGCUGUGGGAGAGAUAACGUGUACAAUUAUGUAAGGGGACAAAACCCGACCUAUUUAAGCUUAUUUGUGAAUACUGAAGGAUUAGUUUUCCUUGUUGGUAUCAAACAAAAUAGUUAAUAACCAGUAAUUAAUUCACUAUUUUGAUGUAUUGAUUCAUGUACUGUCUUCGUCAAUGAACAAUUGUGCAAAGUUUCAACUUGAUCCGAGAAUGGGUGUGGAAGAAAUAACGUGAACGAACUUUUUACCAGACAGACAGACAGAAAGACAGACGGAAUGAGUUGAUGAAAGCUUUGUGAAAAUGUGGAAUAGCUAGAUACAACACGGGCGUAAUCAUCUUCUUUUUUAAAGUAACGUCUAUAUUUUAUAAGAUAAGAAGAUAAGAUAAAUCCCAUCCAAUGUGCAAGCUAUUAUGACACGAGGAAUCGCCCUAUUUUUAUUUUUUGUUUUGACAUGCAAGGAACCAUAUUCACUUUUAGUAAAUAGUCGGUACACAAUAAGAUCUUUCCUUAUUCACAAAUAUCCAUGCAAGCCAUGUUCAAGUAAGAGCUAUGUCAACUAUAUCAAGUAGAGAAAAUAGUAUAUUCGUUUAUUCAGUAAAAUAUUUUUUUAUUGUUUUUUUUUUCUGUAUUGAACCAUUGAAACUAUGCGAUUAUGGGGUAUGCAGUUAAACGGGUUACACUAUAUGUGCUUUUCAUCGUUUGCGACAUCAAAUUGCACGUAUACCUCAUUGCCUUGCUUACCAUGUCUAUAGACAGUAACACUGUCACUUUUGGGUUACAAUUUGUGAAGAAAGUUUUUGUUGUUUUUUUACUUGUUAUAUUGUGAUGUCAAUUUUUAAAGCUAUAAUAUUUCACAGUGUACAUUCCAAUAAAAACUGAUUCUAUUUACUUGUGUCAUAUGGAUUAAUAAAAUUCACCGUUUUAAGUAAA